GCUCCCGCCGCGCUCGUGUUCUCGCCGCCUGCGGCCUCUUGCUCCGCUUCCCCGCGGCCGAGAGCGGGACCAGAGAGUCCUUCUGGUGGGCGGCGCGGGGCUGCGCGCGUCCGGCAUCCCGGGGCCGCUCGGACCGGCCGGCGAGGGAGCCCCUCGGCGGUCCAUGCAUCCGCCGCCGCCCGACGCCGGCGUCGCGAUGGAUUUCGGGCAGAACAGCCUGUUUGGCUACAUGGAGGACCUGCAGGAACUCACCAUCAUCGAGAGGCCGGUCCGCCGGAGCCUCAAGACACCAGAAGAAAUAGAAAGAUUGACUGUUGAUGAAGACCUCAGUGAUAUUGACAGGGCUGUUUAUCUGCUCAGUGCUGGUCAAGAUAUCCAAGGAGCAAGUGUGAUUGCAAAUCUUCCAUUUUUGAUGCGACAGAAUCCUACUGAGACACUUCGGAGAGUCUUACCCAAAGUCAGAGAUGUCCUGCAUGUUGCGAGUGUUGAAAUGCAGCUGACAGCUGCAGUGUCCUUUCUGACCAUUCUUCAGGAAGAAUCAAUGUCAGUCCACACCUUUGCACACUCCUUCCUGCAAGUCAUUCUCCUGCACCUGGAGCACAGGGAUACAGGUGUCAGCAAUGCAUGGCUGGAAACACUUCUCUCUGCAGUAGAAUUAUUGCCAAAAGAAACCCUGAGGCAUGAGAUUCUGAAUCCACUUGUUUCCAAGGCACAGCUUUCCCAAACUGUCCAGUCGCGUCUAGUUAGCUGUAAAAUUUUAGGAAAACUAACCAACAAAUUUGAUGCCCAUAGCAUUAAAAGAGAAAUACUUCCCCUGGUAAAAUCACUCUGUCAAGAUGUGGAAUAUGAAGUUCGAUCUUGUAUGUGUCGUCAGUUAGAAAACAUAGCUCAGGGCAUUGGGACAGAACUGACAAAGAAUGUGGUGCUUCCCGAAUUAAUAGAGCUCUCUAGGGACGAGAGUGGCAGCGUGCGGCUCGCUGCUUUUGAAACCUUGGUUAACAUGCUUGACAUGUUUGAUACAGAUGACAGAAGUCAAACUAUACUUCCCUUAGUGAAAUCAUUCUGUGAAAAGUCUUUCAAAGCAGAUGAAUCAAUUCUGAUUUCUUUAUCGUUUCAUUUAGGAAAGCUGUGCCAUGGACUCUAUGGAAUUUUCACUCCAGAUCAGCACUUGAGAUUUUUGGAGUUUUAUAAGAAACUUUGUACGCUGGGGUUGCAACAAGAAAAUGGCCACAAUGAAAACCAGAUUCCAUCCCAAAUUGUAGAGCAGGAGAAGAAAUAUACUUCAGUACGAAAGAACUGUGCUUACAACUUUCCGGCCAUGAUUGUUUUUGUUGAUCCUAAAAACUUCCACAUGGAACUCUAUUCUACAUUCUUCUGCCUUUGUCAUGACCCUGAAGUACCAGUCAGAUACACUAUUGCUAUUUGCUUUUAUGAAGUAUCUAAACUUCUGAAUUCUGGAGUACAUUUAAUACACAAAGAACUGAUAACAUUAUUACAAGAUGAGUCACUGGAGGUUCUAGAUGCUCUUAUAAAUCACCUUCCAGAAAUCUUGGAACUUAUGUCUACUGGUGGAGAAAACAGUGUUCAAGAAAAUAAGUUCUCCUCACUGCCAGACUUGAUUCCCGCACUCACAGCUGCUGAGCAGCGCGCUGCAGCGUCUCUGAAGUGGAGGACUCACGAGAAGCUGCUGCAGAAAUACACCUGUCUGCCUCAUAUCAUAUCGAGUGACCAGAUUUAUUACCGCUUCUUACAAAGAAUGUUCACCAUCAUGAUGACAAAUAAUGUCUUACCUGUCCAAAGAGCAGCUGCACGAACUCUAUGCAUUUUUCUACGAUAUAAUCGUAAACAAGAGCAGAGGCAUGAAGUUAUUCAAAAAUUAAUUGAACAGUUGGGCCAAGGAAAAAGUUAUUGGAAUAGACUUCGCUUUUUGGAUACUUGUGAAUUUAUCAUAGAGAUAUUUUCCAGAUCAUUUUUCUGCAAAUAUUUCUUUCUACCUGUUAUUGAACUAACCCAUGACCCAGUGGCAAAUGUGAGAAUGAAACUUUGCUACCUGCUGCCUAAAGUGAAGUCAGCUCUGAAGAUUCCUGCAGACAUGCAUCUCCUCCAGCAGUUAGAAAUGUGUGUGAGAAAACUCCUCUGUCAAGAAAAAGAUAAAGAUGUCCUGGCUAUUGUGAAGAAAACGGUAUUAGAGUUGGACAGAAUGGAAAUGUCUAUGGAUAUGUUUCAGAAAAAAAAUUAUGAGAAAGAUUUGUUGGAUCAAGAGAAAGAAAGAGAAGAACUACUGUUUUUGGAAAUGGAACAGCUCGAGAAGGAGAAGCAUCAGAAUGACGGGAGGUUGGCGAGUGACAAAAGCUUUGAGAAGAAACGCAGAGACUCCAGGACACCAACGCAGAGCCUGUCCAAGAACAUGCCCAUUUCUGUUCCUGGGCCCUCUUCUAGCACCCCGUCAACAAGCAAAGAAAUCAAGAAAUCCAAAUUGACUCGAAGCCAAUCUUUUAAUAAUCAAGCUUUUCAUGCAAAAUAUGGCACCUUAGACAAGUGUGCUAGUAAAAGUUCCACCUUAGCACACACAUCUUCCGUCUCAGGGCUGGUGAGGACUGCCAUGCUGUCAUUUACUGAAAAUCCAGAAAAUCCAAUCCUUAAGUCAACUGCUUGGUUAAGGAGACAAGCAGUCAACAGAGACUCUGAUGGUGGAAAAGCUACAGCGACGGACGGCCAGGCUUGUUAAAGUGUGGAAGGGAGGAAGGAACAUCAUGCAGCUGAUGUGAAACUUGCCCUAUUUGGAAUUAGAUUUCCCUAGGAGGUAUGACAUGUGUUUUAAUGUAGGCUCUGAAUUCCAGUGUUCCAGUGCAGUGUAAUGAGCUCCAACUUGGUGUGUACUGCCUGCUGGACUGUAAGAGACAUGCCUAUCUUUAUGGGAGAGGCUGGCUUUUGUUAUACUAAGUUGUAGCAUUUAGACAUUCCAUAGCAGUCUAAAUUAGCCUGCUUGUCUAAAUUGACUCCUGGUAACUACUUGGGCUAGGACACAGGAGGUAAGGAAGGCACUGUAUUUCCUGUGUGCUUUCUACUCAGAGCAGAAAAGUCAAAUGGAGCAGCUGUCUGUGGUCCUGUGGGCCCUGGAUUCUGUGAUGGUGUCAGCACCUGGACGUCCCCAGUCUAGUUUCAGCAAUGAAAAUCUGCAAAGAGUCAGGAAAACGUUAGCUACAAAUACCUUUAAAAUGAUAGAUUGAUGAUUUCCUUAAUUCCUAGAAUUUCUUUUAUAAAUGCUUUGUUUACAUUUUAGAUUGUAUCUAUCCUUAAUGUCAAAUGAUGAAUCCAGUUUGAAUCAGCUGUUAUUCCAAGCUAUCAUGCUCACGCCAUGUCAACAGCACCCAUUUGUACUAAUGCUAAUACUUCCAUCAAAAUUUGCCUGUGAAACAUAUAUUGUCCUUUACUUUAAAAUGUCACUUCCUGAGAUAGAAUGUAUGAAGCUAUUGUCAGCUUCUCUAUUUCAAAUGCAAUCAGCAUAUAUCUAUAUUGAUAUCAGAAAAUACUUGUUUUUUAAAGAUAUAUUGAUGUAUGAUAAAGAUGAUCUAAUUUGUGAAUGCAUAUGUGUGCGUGGUUACUUUUUAUAAUGUGAAAUGGAUAAUGAGCUUAUUUAAAAUAAAGCAGAGGUUAAUGAGA